GUACAAGACUCGUUGCUCUUUACUCUCGUUCUCUCGUUCGGUUCAGUCAGCGGAUCGGUCUCCACGAUCACGCAUUGUCCAAAUCUCCACGAUCUCAGCCGUUAAUUUGAUGAAAUGAAGAUGAAGAUAAACAAAGCCUGCGAUCUGAGUUCGAUUUCAGUUCUUCCUCCUCAUACCAGGAGAUCAAGCACCGUGCCAACUGGACCACAAGUAUCACAGCAGCUCCGAUCACAGCAGCAGUCACAGCAAUCUUUCUCGCAGUCGCAGCAUGGAAUGUUUUCUCAGUUUUCACAGAACUCUCUUGAUGAAAUUGUGGCAAAUGAUCAGAGAUUUGGUUCUCAAGAAAGAGAGAAUUCGAUGAAAAGGAUUUCUUGCUUAGCCCCAGUUAGUUUUACAAGGGAAGAGAGUCAAAUUCCAAUUUCAAGGUCUUCCACCAGCCUAGCUCGCAAAUGGAGUUCUGCCUCCGCUCCUGAUUAUAGAUGUCAGAUUGGUGAAGACCUGGAGCACAGGAUUGGGAUGAUGGAAACUUCAUUAACCAGGUUUGGAAUGAUCUUGGAUUCUAUUCAGAGUGAUGUCAUGCAAGUGAAUAAAGGAAUGAAGGAAUUCCUAAUGGAGAUGGAAGGCCUUCAGCAGAAGUUAACUGUUCAUGAUAGCUCACUUCUGCUAAUGAACAAGGGACAUGAAGAUAUCAAAGAUAGGCUUGAUGCUGCCUUGAAGUCUAUUUCUGAUGAAAUGAGCAAGGAUUUAUAUCAAGACAACUUACAGCAGAGCUUCUUAAUGCUUUCAGCUUUACCAGAGCAGAUUGAAACGUGUUUACAAAAAUUACAAAAUGAACUCUGCAAGACCAUCACCAAAGAAAUGCAGGAAACCGCACACAUCCUGAAGACCCCCAACCAAAAAUAUGCAAUACAGACUUUUUUUCCACCAAAUAGUACCAGUUACUGUGCCUCUCCAAAGGAAAAGCCAGAGCCUCUCAAGAAGCCAGUUUUGCCCACAAAAGUUUGUAUGCAAGCAACUCUACCUCCAAAGAUAGAAAUGGGAAGCUGGAACUCAGUACAACGAGAACGAGCCACUUUCCCAGAUAGGAACUCCAACAGGCAGCCCAAACAGAAUGGAGUUUCUCCUCUUGAACGGGAAAGAGAAUGCAGGGUUAUCAUUGACUCUGAUGAGGAAAUUGAUGGAGGCUUUUCCUGCUUGCUUCAGGAAAAAGAAUCAGGAAACCAUUUGGUAGAGGAAGUGAAGGAAGAGACUGAACGAAUCCUGAGGAAAGCAAGAAGGAGAAAGAGAAAAUAUUCUAACACUAUUAUUUUGAAUUGAGGUACGAUGACAUUUUAUAGCUGUGAGACUUUCCAUUUUCUACUGUACUUGUGGUAUUGCAGAUAUAAAUUUUUUUUUCAUUAGCUUAGUCCAAUGAGUGGUUGAGAACUAGUCUUAAAGGUGCUUUUCGAUCUACAAUGGAAUGAAAUUAUUCCUUUGUAUUUCA